AUGAGGCCCCUACGAUUCACAUUAUUAUUGACCUUCUUCGUCGCACUACCCGUGUUUCUGACCUGCUGGUCAUUACUCUCGGCUCAUGAAGCUGCCGCCGACCGGUUGCGCGUUGGCUACACUCAGAGCACGGGCCGCUUGAGGGCGUUGUUCUCUUUUUCGACCCCGUCGUCCUUGUUUCCACCUUCAGCCUUGAUCAGCGUCACCAACGACAAUUCGACCUUCUUCCUGGCCAGGCCUGCCGCGUUUGGGCCCGCCCUUCCGAAUAAGGGGUUGAGUGGCGAGCUUUGGGUCGGCCGGGGAUUCGGUGAUGAGGCCGUGCUCGAUGAAGAGGAGAUCUACAUCGCUGGGUGGGAGCUAGGGUGUUCAGAUGUCCCAGGUUGGCGUGAGGAUGAGAGAAAGAGACUGGAUAGUAUUGCAGCGAACACCAAGCCGGCGAAACGCUCGAUAGACACGUCAGGACCCGAUGGCGGCGCUUCGGAAACAGAUGAGGCUGCUUCGACAGAGCCUUCCGACGACGGGACAGAUGACUAUCUGCAUCGCCCUCUCCCGGACUCAUCGCCUGCGAAGCCCGGGAAGAAAGGAGAACCUGCCAACGCGGGCACAACACGUUCGAAAUCUCCAACGCAUGCCGACAUUGAGUCCUUACAGGAAAGUGCUGAUAUUGCUGGCAAGAUCGUGCUGCUCGCACGAGGUGGCUGCGGUUUUCUCGAGAAAGUGAAAUGGGUUCAGCGCCGUGGAGGUGUGGCCUUGAUUGUUGGCGAUCGUGAAAAGGGCGCGUCUCUGACGAUUAUGUAUGCCAAGGGUGAUACAUCGAACGUUACGAUACCGUCCAUCUUUACGUCCUGGAACGCUGCGCACCUGCUCUCCAGCAUGGUACCGUCGAAAAGAGAGGGCGAAGACCCCUCGAACGAGAUGCCAGGCAAGCCUGGUGACAGUGGAAGACCGAUCUUCACUUCCACUACAAGCGCUACCCAGAGCACUCGCACCGCCAGCGAUGCAAAUGGACAUGACGAAAAUCAUGGCUGGAUGCAUGACACUCUGGCUGCCAUAGGGCUGACUGAGAACUCAUGGCAUCAGGAAGAUACAAGGAGACCACCAGGAAGCGGCAAUAUACAGUGGGUCUUGGCCGACAAUUGGGACGAGCGGAAGCAGGGCCAAGAACAAGCUCUUGCCGACGGGAAGACUUUCACUCAAACUACCUCAAAGACGCACAAGACAGCCACAUCGAUCAUGUCCAAGAAGACCAAGUCCACGAAUGCCGCCACCGACGAUUUUGUGAUUGGAAUCCAAGACUGGAGAGACACGCAUGUUCUCGAGACGAAGCAGACCACAACAGAAGCCGGCAAGAAUGCAGAGCAUGACCAAAGCUCGGCAGAGACCUCGACCUCGGUCAAAGGACCGAAAGCAACGAAUGGUGCUCUUCAGGGAGGCAGCAUCACUCCUGGGAGUGGCGAGUAUGACGACCAUUCUGCAGAGCACGGAAGGAUGACGUCUGGCGAUGGGUCUCGUCAGAAGAGCAGUCACGUAUCUCACAAAGAUUCCACACACGUUAGACGAGGCCGACGAUGGUUCUGGUGGUUGCGAUCGAGGCAUAAUUGUGCGGAGUCAAAGAAGAACUCGGUCACCGACAAGUCAGCAGGGAGGCACGACAUGGAGCAGUCGAGAAAGAAGCCGGACACAGAUGGCUUGUGGGUCACUCUCACGCCUACAAGCGUCUCAGCAAGUCCUUUCUUCGACACAUUGCUGGUACUGGUCAUCAGUCCUCUUGUGACCCUGACCGUCGUGUACGCCUUGUUGAUGCUUAGGUCGCGGAUACGACGGCGCCGCUGGCGUGCGCCCAAGUCUUUAGUUGAGCGACUACCAGUCCGUACUUACCAUACGUUGUCAACAUCAUCCUCGACAACUUCGUCUCAAGUGGCUAGUCCCAUCACUAGCGCAGCGGCAUCACCACUGCUCGUGCCUGCGACCAGCAUCUCAAGCCGGCCCCGACCCAGAUCGCAGACUGCCGGCUCUGUGUUGCCUGCUCAAGAAUCGUCGAGAUCGCUGUCGCGCAGUCCGCCGUCAGAAAAGCCAGGCAAGACUGCCAAGCGGAGGAAGUACAACGUCCGACAAGUGGAAUGCGUCGUCUGUCUUGAGGACUACGUCGAUGGAGAGUCUCGUGUCAUGUCAUUGCCAUGUGGUCACGAGUUUCACGUUGACUGCAUUACACCAUGGUUGGUCAACCGCCGUCGAACCUGUCCGAUCUGCAAAGGCGACGUUGUCCGUAGUUUGGCAAGAGCCAGCGCCGAGGAGGCUGAAGAACCGACACCUUCCAGUGACGAGAUCCAGAACAGAGUCGCACAGACCGUCAACGAUGAGCCUAGCUCUGCAAUCCCCAUUCCGGUCCGAGAAGAAGACCUCGAGGACGAAGAUAUCGAGCAAGGUCAGACUAUCGAUGAUCCGUUGCUGCCUCAGCCUGUUGAACGUCAAGCGAACUGGCGGAACAUCAUUGCGACCAGCUUGAGUCGGCUCAGCGGUGAGACUGUCUGGCGGCAGACCCCUACCGAUCGGAGUCGCUGA